AUAAAAACUAAGCCUCCAAAAUGAUGCGCUAUGAGGAAAAUGAAAAACUUGCAGACACUUCGGCCUGUGCUGGUGUCCGGGCGGACUUGAAAAUGUGUCUCCUGGAAAGUGAUUGUUGUAAAAAGGACAAGAAAACACCGCGUGAAUGUCUACAAGCCAAUUUGGUACCCGAGGAAUGUCAAAUGCUUCGCAACACAUUCUUUGAAUGCAAAAGAUCAUUGCUUGACAACCGAAUGCGUUUCAGAGGACAUAAAGGCUACUGAGUUGGG